GGCGGCGCCGGGCUCGGUCCCCGGCUCCCAGCCUGAGCUCUGAGCGGCUGCCCGGUGGCACCCAUGCCUUCCGCGGUCCCCCCAAGCCGUCCUGACCAGGACACCUCGGCCAGUCCCCAGCCCCACAGCCCCGUGGCUUCACAGCAAAUCCAGGAUCCGCUGAGCUCGCCUGAACUGAUCAAAGCCACACCAGCCCAGAGCAUCUUGGAGUUAAACCCUCCGCCUGAAGUCGGAGUUCAGGAGUGGCCGAACGGCUGGAAAUAUGAAGGGGAGUUUGAAGGAAACCUGAAACACGGACAGGGGGCAUUUCGGUGGGCCAACGGAGAGUAUUACGUAGGGCAGUUCUACAAAGAUCAUCGCCAUGGCAAGGGGACCUAUGUCUGGCCAGAUGGGAACAAAUUCACUGGAAUGUUUUACCUGGAUCGAAAAGAUGGAUAUGGGACUUUAGAAAUGAAAGAUGGCUCCGUAUUCCAGGGGCUUUAUAAAGCCGAUGAGCGUUUUGGGCCUGGGGUGUUGACCCAUUCCAAUGGCCGCCAAGAUGUGGGCCUGUGGUACCGGAAUCACAUCAUCAGGCUUUGUUCUGAAAUUCCAGGAGCCUUCACAGUGAAGAAUCACCCAAUGUACCAUCCUGAAGAAAAAGAGCUUGUCAUCCCGAUGAAAACUUACAAGGAGAAGUACUUCUGGAGAACCGAUCCCAAAGAGGACCCCUUCUUCUACCUGUACAAAAAGUUCCUCUUUGAUGACAACUACACUCUGCCUGAGGAGAUUGAGAUUUAUUCCACUGAUGCUGACCACUUGCCCCUCACUCGCUCUUACACGAGAGAGGGUGACAGACAUUUCUUCCAAGAAGAAGAGCUAGGAGACAAGAACGGCACAUAUAAAAUCACCAUCAUAAACCAAACUCCUUUGAUGGUUAAAAUGCAGAUGCACAUCCACAGACAUAGGUAUAUCUCUAGGCAUGCUCAGGCUAAACUCUCGUGGGAUGUGGCAGCUGUAAUAGAAGGAAAGCGAGAGGGCUUUGGUCCAAAAGGACCCCUAGAGUGCAGCUCCGAACAACUAAUCAUUGAAGCUGGAGAGGGGAACCAUGAGAAAGUUCGCAAGAUUCUCAAAACUAAAUUAGUGAGUGCAGAUGUUGCUGAUGUCCAUGGCCAUAUGUCACUGAUCGGUGCCUCAGCUGUUGGCAGCAGUGUCAUCGUCAACCUGCUGCUCGAUAACGGAGCAAACGUGAACAAGUUGAACAAUGAGGGUGUUUCUGCGCUCAACUGCUGCUGCAUACUUUACUACCCGUCAGGCUCCUUUCUACACAGUGAAAUCUACAGACUCUCAAACAAAAAGGCCCAGCUGUCUGCUGCAAUAGCCCCAGCGAGAGAGGAAAUGCAGGAGGAAACAGAUGAUGAACUGACCACUCAGGUGAAGAUGGCCAAAAGAAUCUCACUUUACGAUAGCAAAAUCAAAGUGAGCAGCAUAAGCUUCAAGAAGCUUGCAGCCAUUGCAUUGUCGUCAGAAAGCACAAGUAAGAUGAAAUGGCCAGCGGAAAGGCAGGCGGCGCAGGAGGGGCGUCUGAAUUUCGAAGAUUCUGCGGAGGAGGAAGGUUUAGUCCUUGAGACUGACGAGGAUACUGACAGCCUAUUGUCACCAUCAGCAGGGCCUCCCUCAACUACUAACUUUGAUUCUUCACGCAGCGUCCGUCACUAUCAAUUCAAUGUCACUGGGCGACAGCUGCAACGUGCAGCUCAAGUCUUAAGUAGAAACCAGCAUUUUAAGAGCUCGGCUGAUAAAUCCUUGGGGGUGCCUGAUUUCAAGCACGAUGAAGGAGUAUGGAGAAUGGCAGUGAUGAAAUCUCGACAUCAGAGGAGAAGAGGAAUCAUUAGCCUGCUUCUCCAAAGAGGAGCUGAUCCCAAUAAUUCCACAGUUCCGAUGCCACCACUCUUUUUCCCUAUAUUGGCAGGGGACCUCAAUGCAAUCAAGUUACUACUGGAGAACAAAGCAGACCCAAACUACCAACUUCAGGCAAUGAACAUGGCAGGGCUGCUCCCACUUCACGUCGCUGUGGCUAUCCCUGGCAAGAAAGGAGUGGCCAUUACAGAGCUGCUACUUAAUGCUGCAGCAAACCCUGACAAAGGAGCAAAGGAUGACAAUGAGAUCUAUCCGCCUGAUGUGCCCCACGAGCCACAGGUGAAAACAGGGUUCAUCUUGAAGAGCCCCAAUGCGUCAGGAGUCCCAUCACAUUACCACACUCCCCCUGAAAUAGCCAUCAUAGAAGAUGGGCGGACUCCACUGCAUAUAGCUUGCCAAUGGGAGGACAACUACAAGAAUGCGCACCAGAUUGUUCGUCUGCUCCUACGGCACAAAGCAAAUCCCAACUUAUUAUGGAGUGGCCACUCACCCCUUUCACUGGCAAUCGCUAGUGGAAACGACCUGGCAGUAGAUGAGCUGCUGGCCAAUGGGGCUGAUCCGAACCUGCCCCUCACUCGCAGUUUGGGGAAUGCAUUGUGCACAGCACUGAACACCAGUUAUGAGCGCAAGAGAAGCCUGGGGAAGAGACAGGCAUUGAUUGUCAAGCUACUCAAUGCCAAUGCCAAUAUCUUGAUGCCCGUCAAUCUUGUAUCUCGGGAUGGCCACGUUACAGGAACAGCCCUGGAUUACGGAUAUUACAAAUACUAUCAGGAUUCAAAAAUAGCGCAAACACCUUACCACGCCCUGACACCCGAAGAGCGAGAAAUCUAUAAUGCCCGGCGUCAACUGCUGAACUUUCUGAGCCAACCAUUUCGAAACGCUGCCAUCACCAAGGAACGGAAGAGAGAGGAAGCCACCAGGAAGAUGCAGCCUGGAAUCAUUGCUGCCUGCAUAAUAGCAGACAGGAAUGAGAGAAGGAGGAUAGGAAUGCGACGGAGGAGACUGGCUCACCAAAGGGAGGAGCAAAACUCUCAAGACCAAGGUUCAGCAGGGCCCCCUCUGGAUGCAGAGGAUGUGGGGAGCAGGAACAUCAUGCGUAGGCACCUUGCCGGAGCCAAGGGAUCCACUGGAGACCUCUAUGAGAUUUCCCAGGCAUUCACAACCAAAUGCAUUCACGAUGUCACAGAAUCCCUUUUUGCAAAGGCCCACAAUUACAUCAACUUCGACAGAGAUCUGGAUCACCAGCACACUGGCUUUGCUGAGAUUUCCAGAUUCCCACGGGUGCAGGGAGCCAUCAACUACACUCAUGUCACAGAUCCUGGAGAUCUAGGAGGGACCACACAGAAUCCAGGGCUGGCUCCUCAGGGACAAAGGGUGCCUACAAAGGACAUGGUUCAUGACACCUGUGUGGCAGCCUCGGGCUCCCCCAGAGAGAAGGUACAAAGCUUAUGGCGCUACCGAUACAUUGGUCAAGCACACCAUAGGGAUGUUGAAGAUGCGAUUCCAAUGCCUGGGCAGAUCUGGAGGGACGACUUGCCAGAUGUCGAGAUGGAGAAGUUGCACGUCUCUUCUGAUGAGGAGGACAUCGAAGAGGAUGACAGCGAUGAGUCCAAGGAAGCUGGUGCUGCAGAUCAAAUAGAUUCUUUUGUUGUAAAUUAUUCUUUCGGCUUGCUGACACCAGUGGGUUUCCCCUUGGAAAUCUUCAUGUCUGACAUGUCUGCAGGUCGGGAAUCCAGUGAAACACAAUUACAACUUAGUGAAUCUGAGGCACUUUCUUAUGCUGAUAUCAGUAUGACAGGAAGGGCCAUCUUUGAGCGACAUGCUCAGGUUGCUGAGGGGAACUUACCAGCAUCACUGGCCUCUGAAAAGAAGAGCAAAGUCCAAGAUACAGCUCCCAGAUUUGGAAACACCAAGUAUAAACGCAUACGCAAACGGUGUUUCAUCAGCUCUGCCAGUGUUGUGCCCAUAGUAGUAUAUGGUGUUGUACGACGUAACCACGUGCCAGCACCUUCAUCUUUGAUAUGCUUGGGUGUGCACUGUGGAGCUUUGCCUAGAGCGAUUGUCUACUCUGUGAUGGGACCACGAGUCUUGAACCCAACAGCAAACUUCCAUCUUGACAACUCAGUUCAGUGUUUCUGGAAAAAAAAUAGUUGUGAUGAAUCCGUGAAAUUUAACAAUAACACUAACUCUUGUGGAACGGGUGUAUUGACAAGAGUACUCAGUAACGGAAGACAACUAAGUGCUUCUGCAUUGGCUAUGUACGAGCCAGGGCAGUACAUGAACAUCGAGAGAAAGUUCCAAGGUAUGCUGGGAAUCGAUGUCGGAUUCGGCUCGCGAGUGGCGCUGUAUGGCGUCGUCCUCGACUCCACAUACAAGUCUGUCCCGCAGCACAUCAUUCAAGGCAUCCCCAAACUCACGGUUACACCAUUCAAACUCAGCACUUCAUGCUUCAACAAAUUACCUGUCAUUGCUCUUAACAACCUCAAACUGCCUUACCUGUAUACCUAUGAACAUGUUAUCUUCAGCAUGUGUCCAGCUGAGGCUCACACCCUGGCAGCGGCAGAGACUGGGCACACGGAUAUCUGUUUGCUAGCACUGCUCCAGGAAAAUGGGAGACAGCUGUUCAAGUUCAAGUUCUGUUAUUCCUGUGGCCGUUCAGUGGGUGUCCGGCUGAUCAAUUGCAGCCGGUGUAAGGAGGUGUACUACUGCAGUAAGGCCUGCAAGGUGACAGCUUGGAAUGAAUUCCACAAGGAUGAGUGCUACUUAUCAAAAAGUCGUACCCCAACCAAAAAGGGCAAAGCCAACAGAGGAGGGUUUUUUCGGGGAGAUGAACUGAAUUGGAGCCAUUCAUCAUCACCGUCAGUUGAAUUGGACAACUACAGCUUUAAUUAA